UAGGAGUAAAAAUGCCAAAAACAACAAACUUAGCAACCAUUUUUGUUAUUUGUAUAUUAUAUUAAAUUUCAAUAUAAUAUGAUCAAUUUGAGUUUAAUUUUCAUACUAUUUGUGACGCUGAGCAAUGUAAUUACAACUGAAAAGUAUGAUAUAAACAAAAAUAUCUGUGCUGAUUGCGAGAGUUAUCUGUCUUUCUGUCGCAUAUCAAGUUAUGGCUUUUCGGUUCAGCUGGAUGAUGAUUCAAAUAAAAUUUCAAUAAAUACACAAAACUCCACAACUGAUGAUUCUUUGGCUGAUUGCGUACCGUCGGUGUAUCAAAUUUCUGCUUCAAAUUUCCAGUAGUUGUUGAAAUUGGAGUUGAGCAGCUUCUUGUUCCAGCGUUGUAGCCUUGUCGAAAGCGUCAAACUUAAGGAAACUGGAUGUCAAACAACAAAUUGAGAAAGAGAGAGGGAGAGAGGGAGAGAUACUUGCACUCAGAAGUGCUCCAGGCGUGAAUAAAUGAAGUUUGCAAAUUGCACCACGCCUGACCACCAUCGAAAGCCGUCCAAGUCCAAGUCCGAGUCUCUUUCGUAGCUGAGAUAUUACGAAUGCAAAACUUUGUCCUCAUUACUCAAAGACUG